AUGCCCAUCAUCAGCAAUGCCAAUCAUGAUUUCAGUACUUACUCAGUAAGCACAGAUGACAGCAGUCUCGAUCGCUUCUUCACCGAGAUCCCAGAGACAGAAACUGUGAAAGGUGUAUAUUUUCAGCGUGCUCAGCUGGUGCGAGAACCUUUGUCCCUGCGAAUGGUCGAUCAUAGUCAGCUUGCCCUCAUCAAUGUAGGCGGUGAUCGUUACACGUUCCCGUGGAGUACCCUGGAUGAGUUUCCACUCUCGCGUUUGGGCCAGCUCCGCCGUUGCAGGAGCCCUGAGGAGAUUGCUCAGCUGUGUGAUGACUACGACGAGGCCCACCGUGAGUUCUUCUUCGACCGCAGCUCUGUGGCCUUUCGUGUCAUCCUUAACUUUCUUGCGGCGGGGAAACUGAGGCUACUGCGACAGGUUUGUGCCGUGUCCCUGUCAGAUGAGCUCAACUACUGGGGCAUCGACCCUGGACACAUGGAGCGCUGCUGCCGGCGCAGGAUGAUGACACGUGUGGAGGAAGUAGCAGAGAAGCAGCGUAAGGAGGAGGAGAGGAGGCAGAAGAGGCUGGCCAUGCAGAGACGACGCCCAGAGGAGGAGACAGGCUACCGAGGUUUGAUGAGUCAGCUGAGAGACGUGGUGGAUAACCCUCACUCUGGCUGGCUUGGCAAAGCUUUUGCCUGCUUCUCUGUCAUCAUGAUUGCUGUAACUGUUGUAACCUUGUGCAUCAGUACAAUGCCAGAUCUUAGAGAGGAGGAGAGGAGGGGAGAGUGCUCAGAGAAGUGUCAGCAAAUGUUCAUCGUGGAGACGGUUUGCGUGGCCUGGUUCUCCCUUGAGUUUAUGCUGAGGUUCCUCCAGGCUCGUAGUAAGCUUGAGUUUGUGCGAGGUCCACUCAACAUAAUAGAUGCUGUGGCGAUUUUGCCAUACUAUGUGUCCCUGAUGGUGGAUGAAAGGGAUCCAUCUGUGGAGAAUGAGCACUUUGGUGGUGGAGGAGCAAUAGGCAGAGGUUACCUGGACAAACUAGGCCUGAUUCUCCGGGUUAUGCGUGCCCUCCGGAUCCUGUACGUAAUGCGGUUGGCACGACACUCCCUGGGUCUUCAGACUCUAGGCCUGACGAUGCAGCGCAGCACACAGGAGUUUGGUCUGCUUCUCCUCUUUCUCUGUGUAGCUGUAGCUCUGUUCUCCCCACUUGUGCACUUGGCUGAGAAUGAAUUUGCUGUGGUCAACACUGUGGGCUCCCACAGCUUCAGCAGUAUUCCUGCCUCUUAUUGGUGGGCCAUUAUCUCCAUGACGACAGUGGGCUAUGGUGAUAUGGUUCCACACAGUAUCCCUGGUCAGAUGGUAGCAUUCAGCAGCAUCCUGAGCGGGAUUCUCAUCCUGGCCUUCCCAGCCACUUCCAUCUUCCACAUGUUUUCUCGCUCUUACCAGGAGCUCAAACAAGAACAUGAGAUGCUGUGCAAGGAAGAACGAGUGGCUAAUCUGGUUGCCACUGCUGCUAGAGAUGUCCAAAGAGAAAUGGAGAAGAGUACUUUACCAUGGCCUAAUCCGGACAUUAACCCCAUGUACCAGGCAGAGAAUGGGAUCAAAACAAAUCAACCACUCUUUCUAACUAGCACGUUCUAA